GGUUGCCUCGCAUUCAAUAUUCACCACGCCCCUUGUCUUCCUUUUCUUGAAAUUGCACUUGGCCUCGAUCAGAUGAUUAACGUCGACUUGUCGUCUAGAACGCAAAAGGUCCAGAAACGCGCCAGUAACGUGCUAAAGUUGGCACAGGAGAAUGCGAAGCUGCAGGAGGAGCUCCGGGCCAUGAACGAGAGGCUAGAGGCAGCGCAACGGAGACAAGAGGAGCUAGGUCGGAAGUUACAAAGUCGUCCAACUUCAUAAGCUGGAAGGUCAUGAUCACAUCUGGAUUCCUGGAAAAUUAUCAAACUGUAUACCAUGUCGUCGUGCGAACCCACGCCCUUUGUGUAUCUCAUACCCCCGGAGCUGCUAACUUAUGUCCUGGCAAUAAUUCUCAUAACUUUGGAUACCGCUCGUAACGUGAGGUGAUCGGACCGUUGCCGGUGCAAGGAUCCAGAAUGAGAGUUCACGGCUAAAGAUAAUGGGUGGGGUCAUGAUCAUGAACGGCUGAUGUGUCAGUACUUCUCUCCUCAACCCGAUAGAACAUACACGCUUCGGACCUCGACUGUGCAGAAUGGAGGUUCCCGACGUACCUUCUGCUCCACGCCAUCAUCAAUUGAAAGGCUGCUUUACUUAUAAAUUUACCGCACUCGUUUUCAGCCUUCUUAGUUCCUAUCCACCACCUCCUGUCCCUCCAGCUCUCUUGCAUCCAUCAUGUCCGCUGCAACAAGUCGUAGACCCUCUAUGCUCGAGAGGCGGUCAUCCGCAAUGUCGUCUCGUAGGCCAUCCAUCGAUCCCUCGAGGCUGGUUCCCAUGGACAAGACCACCGCCCACACUGGUAAUGAGUUCAAUGUAGUAUUCGUCGGCGCAGGCAACAUUAUGUUCGGUUCGGAUGAAGGUCCAUGGAACCAUUCUUUCCGUUUUGAGCACAAACUCGGCCCUCGUCUAAAGGUCGUUGCACUGAUCGACCCAGCCAUUGAACGCGCCACCACUGUCCUUCAGAAGAAGUGCGAGAGUUUCGUGCGUUCUGCAUAUGAAAACACGCGCGUAUUCAAGACACUUGAGGACUAUGUGAACUCUUUCGAUCGCAAGAGUCCCCCGCAGGCCUUCGUUGUCGGCUCUCCUCCGAUGUUCCGUGGUACCACUAAGCCCGGACGCGAUAUUGAGAUCCAGAUUCUGAACCAUUUCCCCAAUGUCGCGCUCUUCAUCGAAAAACCCGUGACGACUGGUCCUAGCGAGGAGAUCGAAGAGGCAUUCAAGGUCGCAAAGUUUAUCAGUGACAAGGGUACUAUCACCUCUGUUGGUUACAUGCUCAGGUACCUUAAGGCCGUCCAAAUGAUGAAGCAGAUCAUAGAUGACAACAACCUCACUGUCAUGGCCACGAUCGCUCGCUACGCAACUGCGUACGAGGCUAUUGCCAAGCCGGACUGGUGGAACAAGUCCAAGAGUGCUGGACCUAUCGUUGAGCAGGGUACUCACUUCUGCGAUUUGUCCCGCUACUUUGGUGGUGACGUUGAUAUCUCUACGGUCUCCGCACAUUCCGUCGAAUGGUAUGAGAAUGCUGGACAUCUCUCAAAACAGAGCAUCGAUGAGACCGCUAUCCCGCCCGAGGACAGGGUUCCUCGUGUUACUGCCGCAACCUGGAAGUAUGAGGGUGGAGCAGUGGGCAGCUUCACUCACCUCGUUGCUCUCCAGGGCCAUGAUUACAGCUGCGAGCUGGAGGUGUAUGCAGAUGGAUACCAACUGAAGCUUGUAAACCCUUACGUCCAACCUGUGCUCUACGUUCGCAGGCCUGGUAGCGAUUUAGAGGAAUCUCACAGAUUCCCCGAUGAUGAUCCUUUCUUCUCUGAGAUAUCUGUCUGGAUCGACAACAUAGAAGAUAUCGAAGAGGAUCCUGAAACCGCCCAGAUUCUAUGUACUUUCGAUGAUGCCUGCAAGUCGUACGAAUUGACCUGGGCUAUUCGAGAGGCUAGUGAACGUACUCGCAACUUGAAGCGAGCCGAGGCAGCUCCCAUUCAGGCUUGAGUAUUUUGUGAUUGCUGUAUUGGAUUGAAAUACUGGACACAGAAAUGUGUGUAUGACUAGCAGGAGGGAAGUUGGUAUUGUACAUGGAUGUCAUCCAAGAUCGAUUAUCAUCAAAGACGAAACCUGAGUGAUGAACAACGCGAAGUGAAUUAUGAGGUAACAUCAUCUGGCGGAGAUUCUAGUUUUUGUCGUUUAGGGGGUGUGCCACUGGACGAAUCGCCGUGACUUGUAGUGGACUUAGCAUCUUCAGUUUCACGUCUCCUCUUGCUCUGUUUAGCGUGUUUGGCCUUCUCUUUCUGGACAAGUUUGUUCCAUUCUUCCUCGAGAUGACUCUUGAGAGUUGGAAUAUUCUUGAA